UGCACGCAGAGAGCGGGUGCUAUUACGCCCGGGGAAGCCGCCCACGGGCACAAAGCGGCAGCUGGUCCCAUCUCCCGCAAGCCUGGGGCAGCCGUCGCGCCGUACGGUACGGAUCAAAGCGCCCACCGGGCAGCACACCAACAAUGGCCGACGACGCCAUCCCGACGACGCCGGUAACAAAACCCAAGGACCGCUGGAAGCAGCGCGACAACCCCGACUGGGUGAGCGGCUGGAAGGACGAGGAAAAGAAGGAUUUAGAUGAAUACUGCGCGAUGCUCCGGGCGGACCCUAGAGCGCGGACUCCGGGAAGAACAGAAGACGGCGGCGUGAAGCUCCAGAAGGGCACGACGAUGGCCGUUCCGCGGCGCGGCGGCAGCGGGAGGUUUAUUGAAGCGCGGCAGAGCGACACGACGCUGCUGACGAUCGCGAAGGGUCGCUCCGUGCGGUCUGCCAUGGAAACCAUCAGAGUGAAAUCGAGACAGCGGUCUAGAAAUGGGUCGAGAGCAAGAAGGCGGACCUUUUCUGGGGUGCCGUCCGAAGUGUUGACCGUCACCAAGCCCACAGUAGGUGGCGAGCCCACGCCGGCGGCGAACGCAUUUAGAGAGAAGACGGGGCUUACCUCCACCGAAAAAGCGAAGGCCGGCGAGGAGCAAUUGACACCCGACGAGAAGCGGUUACAACGAAUAGCGCGGAUGGAAGAAAAGGCCGCGAAAGCUCUGGAGAAGAAGCCGCGGCGGCCGGCCGGCGAGCCCCCGCCGAAGAAGCAGAAGAAGCCGUCGCCGCCGAAGCCGAGCAAGAUCAAGGCCCUCGCGAACUUCUUCACUCCCAAAAAAGAGGAAGAAGUUGUGGUAGCUAGGCCGACCACGGCGGAAUCCUCGAAACGAGUUUCAUUUACGCCGGACACCAAGACGCGCGAGUCUUCUCGGGCGCCGUCUCGAGCGGAGAAGAAGGUGGUGCCGCCGGGUUCGAAUACGCAGGGCGGGUCCUGGAAGUUCUCAGAUGUCCCUACGAUCGAACACAAGCAGAUCAGUCCGUCUCCGGAAAAGCCGAUGCCGCGGAUUAUUAUGCCGGACGUUGGAGUAAGAUGCCGCACGAUCAACUAUGACGAAGUGUUAGAUGUCCAGGAAGCGCUGGAUCAGCGGCGCAAUCUCUCCGUGCGGGAGCAGUUGCAGAAUAGAAUAAUCCGCGACCAUGACCCGCGUUUGGCGGAAAAGAAACGCCUGACCGUCGCGAAGCCGCCGCCGGUGACCAACAACGACUUCACGGAGGCACUGCGUGCGUUUUCGGCGUCCUCGCGUCGCGUCGAUGGCGUGGCGGUUGACACGCUAUCACGCUGCGUCACGCAGGCAAGGAGGUCGUGCGCACGCGCAUGGAGCAGCUCCAGGCCCUCGAGGACGCGCAGGACGCGGCCGCAUCGGCGAAGAAGCCGGUGCCCGAAGAAGUCACGAAGAAGGACGAGGACGAGGGCCCGCGGCGGAUCAAGGCGCGCGACCGCGACCAGCGGUGCGCGGCGUGCCGCUGCGAGGCGCGCGGUUUGUUUGCGGCGUCCUUUUUUUUAUGCGUUGCCCCGUACGCCGUCGACGACACGACGACGCAGGCAUGGAGCCGACGUACGCGCACACGUGCGUCAAGGGGAUUAAAUUAGCGGCCGGCGAGCUCAGCGACUCUACUGAAGAGGAGGAGGUCGAGGCCAUGGAGAUGUACGCGCGGCUGGCCGAGGCCGAGGACCCGCGCGACUUCGAGCAGACCUUGCAGGAGGCGCGAAAGCGAGCUUUACAAGAGGAGAACGAGAUACAGCAAAGCAUCGAGACGCUCGAAGAAUUGGCGCGGGAGCACGUGAACGAUUCAUUAGCUGUGAUGGAGUAUCGGUACGAGCUGCGACAGAUGUCGAAGUUCGGGUUCCUCUCGGGUUUGAUUUCCGCGCCGCGGGCUCACGUCGAGCGGAACGUCGCGAAGGCGGUGCUCCAGGGCUCGCCCAAGAACCUUCGGACGGCCCUGAUGGUCCUGUCGACGUUCCCGCCCGUUCGUUAUUCGGUGUCCCCUUUACGCUAUCGACGCCACGCGUCUGCUGACACGAGUCGCUGCGACGACGCGCCUGUUGGGGAUCGAGCCUCGCAAUUCGUAGAUCGAGACGACGCGCGCAGGUCGCAGACAAGGAGUCGAAGCUCGCGGCCGCGGCGACGACGCUCUACAACCUCGCGCGCGCCGUGGCGCCCAAGUUCACCGACGACACGCCCGAGUGGUCUUGACUCCGCGUUGACACCAUCGAAGCGUGACGCCAUCGACGCGAUGCCCGACGCAGGCUCUCGGACAAAUUGGGCGAGAUUCGCGCGUCGGCGGACGAGAGCGAGCCCCUCGUCGUGACCUGCGUCAAGAUGUGCAUGGUCCAGCGGAAGAUGGAGCUGCGGGACCGCGUCAAGGACGGUCAGAAUGAUGACAAGGGCGACCUCAAGCUUGUACCGUGCUCGAAGAAGUCGAGGGCCGAGGACGGGUCGUCGCGGGCCCACGCCGCGUGCUUCGAGGCCCUGAUCAACGCGGGCGCCGAUGUGGACCAGUGGGACGGCGAGGGCCUCGCGCCGAUCCACCACGCCGCUAAAAGUGGAGACGCGGGCUGCGUGCGGUUCUUGUGCGGUUCGUGUUCCGUGUCCUUGUUUUUCCUUCUUCGCGUCCCGUGUGAGCCGGCCGAUCGGCGGCGCCUCGCCCCCGCUCUCGUCCGUCUGGCUCCAGCCGCGGCGCUGGCCUGCGUCGGGUCGCGUCGAUGGCGUACUGGCGGGUACCGAUGACGUACUCCACCGCAUCAGUACAACAACAGUACGCCAUCGACGCGCAUCGGUAUGGGAAUCAACCUCCACGCCAUCGAGCAGACGCACUUACAUGGUCCACGCAGGUCUGGACGCGGACGCCGACCAGUUCGUCUGUAAUGAAGAAAGAGUACGGCCUUUACAUCUCGCCGCCGCCGUUUCCGAUCGGAGGCGCUCUUUACGGACCUGCAUCGCGCUGCUCGAGAGCGGCUGCGACGCGGCGUGUGCCGACUACGAGGGGCGGACCUGCCUGCACGUCGUUGCCGAGCGGGGACCGCGCGGCUUGGUCGAGCUGCUGAUGGACGCCGGCUGCUCGAAGGAAGCCGAGGACGUCCAUGGAAGGAAGCCGGCGGACGCGGCUGGGAGUGCGGGCCAAGCGAAAAUCGCGGAGAUCAUCCGAGGUUAUAAAGAUCCUGUCUUGAAGGUCGGUGGAAGUGUAGGCAUUUCGAAGCGGAUGGAGUUCCUCGAGACGGGGCAGCUGAAGCUGGACGGCGUCGGCGCGGAUAGGGGUGGCGGCGGCUCGUUACGCGCGUCCGCCAAAAAAUUAAGGAAGGACCUCUUCGCGAAGCUCAAGGGCAAGAAGAAGUACAAGGCGGGCAUGACGAAGCCCAAAAAGCCGCCGGUGCUGCCCGAGAUAAGGUUCCCGUCGGACGCGGAAACCUACAAACCGUGGGUGCGCUACGUGAGCGAGGCGGGCGAGCCGUACUGGUCUUGCUCCAGUGUCCUUUUUGUGUGGUUUCCCCGGCAGCACGCUGUCGCCGCGACCACGUCCGCGAGGCUACCCCGCCGGCACGCCGUCGCCGCGAGGCUACCCCGCCGCCACGCCGUCGCCGCGACGCGUACUCACCCGUCGACGGCACCGCAGGCACAACCCCGAGACGGACGCGUCGACGUGGGACGAGCCGCCUAAAUAUAUUCCCGCGCCCAAGGGCGAGGCGCGCGUCACGUCGGCCGAGAAGCGGGCUCGCGCUCAAGCGAAGAAAGCCAAGCGCCAGGCGCACCGGCGCCGGCUCGCCGCGGCGCCGGUCGUCGGCGACGAGCCGGCGCUCAUGGACGCGCCGUCGCCCAUCGCGACCACGCCCGAGGCGCGGUCGCGCCAGCUCCGGGCUCUGAAGCGGGCGGACUCCGCCCGGCGCGCGGCGACGCCCGCCGCCGGGUCCCGCUGCGCGACGCCCCAGCAGUUCAGCCCCACGAACGCCGUCGGCAUGGGCGCGCUCUUCGCCCCCUCGGGAGACGUGACGCCCGUCCGCCGGUCGGCCCGCUCUAGUCCCGACUCCGUGUUGAAUUUGGCUUGCCUUCUCCUCCGUGGCUCGUAGCCCAUCGACCUGAUGCUGUCACUGUCGUCUUCUUGACUGCAUGGGAUUCCACCACUGUGACGCAAUCGACGCGACGUCCAACGCAGGUCGCGCGUCGUCGACGCCGAUGGGAGAGGACCUGCCGCCCGAGGCGGCGCGCUUCGUCGCCCAGGUCAUGUCGCCGGAGCAGUCCCGAUCCAGUGUCCACC